AUACAAGUUUUUUUUUUCAUUUUCGCGUUUGAAGUUUUCCUACCGAUAAUAAUCGCGAGGGUGGGCAAUUCAUUUCCCCGCGCCAUACCGGACGGAACAAUGUUUUUUUUAGUGCAGAAGGAGGAAUUCGGCGGGUGUCUUUCGCGUGUGAAAUUUGUUUUCGGCAAUAGAAGUCAUUUUAUCACUUUUAUGGGCUCAUAGUGGGGGCAAAAAAUUGUUGUCGAAUAAUUGGCGUAUGGAGCAGACGAAGCGCACAGUGCUUAUCGACGAGUGAUUCUAUCGUGACAAUCCCGAUCAAAAGAAAAUUUGAACGGAAAACGGAAGUGUAGGGGAAGAGUCCGCCGGGCUAUUGUAGUGCUGGGUAGUUACGCAUUGUCGUGCUGCAUAUCGGUCGGUGAUGGAGGUGAUACGCAGCAAAAGGCACAGCACAGAUUUUGAUACUUGGCGCGAAGAUGCCGCGCGCAGUGAUAAUUAGUUGAUUGCAGUGUUUUGUCAAAGGGUGUUGAAAUUUAGUCUUGGAUAUUCAGGGGAAGCAGCAAUGGCGUCAACAGUUCGUGAUCCUUCAAAUACCGCUGGUGACAAUCGGUCCAUUAUCGAGUCCAGUUCGGAAGAAUCCCUACAGCAAAUCUCGAUCAACGAAAACAUCUCGGAUAAGUGCCUGUUGAAGUGCAAAAUAUUAACCACCGGCGACAAAGAUCAGUACAUAAAGCUGCGAAGCCCCAGUGCAGGGGGUUUGCCGUACUCGGCCAAGUUCCGGUGUGGAAGUGCACACUGGAAAUUACACGGUGCACAGUGUUUGGUCACCAUCGGAUCGAGCUAUGUAGCGCAAGUGUCAGUGGAAGCAUCCGAAGACUUAAAUAGUGCUAGUGAUUUUGAAAAAGCCAAGGAACUAUUGCUGCAACUUGUGUUGACCGUGAAGGUCCUGGAAGAUCAGUUACUGCUGAAAACCACGAGUUUAAGAAGUUCUAUUCAAAUGGAGCUUACAAAGUUGGCAUCAAACUGUGGACAGUGCAUUGAAAGUGGAAAAUUUUUGUUCGAAAUAAGGAGACUGGCUGAAAAGCAUUCGUACGACGUCGGGACUGAGUUCUGUAAGGAAAUGUCCUCGAACAGGUUUGUGUCCAGCAAAACCCUAAAAGUGUCUAUCGUUAUGUUUACUGCUUUGCGGAGCUCUCUGCAGAGUCGAUACGCCUUUCUCAAGGAAGAUAAAUGGUCGCAUCUGUUGCAUAAGGAAAAACGUUUACUGGAAGACUUUUUUAAUACGGUAGCAACAGAUCAUAAGAAUCUUCUACUAGAAGUGUGUUCCUCGCAAAUAAAACCCGAGUUGAAAAACAUCGAAUCAUAUCGUUGUUUGUUGCUCAGAACUGCUGAUGUGACAAUUUUCAAAGACUUGGAGGGUAUUAUGGUAGGAGAAAUGCCGCAACAAGCGUUGGUCAUCAUCAGCAAGAAUUUCAUUCAACGAAUCGCAACCGUAGAUUGCAGCCAAGCACUGCCGGUAUCAAAUGAGAUCUUUUGCUGUGUAUGCAAAAGUUUAAUGGACAUCGCAAAUCGCGUUCAGGAGAAAUUGGGCAUACAAAAUUCUAUCCAGUACGAUGGAAAGCAAUGGAAAAUGGCAACUAUCGCAAAGAAUAGUUUAAAAUCUGGCUUAGAUAGAUGCUUGGUGAAUCAAAUGCAUAUGCUAGUUAACUUUGCAAACCACUAUGAACCGGGAAAACCUACAGUCAACGAGAGCUACCCUUACGACUAUCAGAUUGAGUGUUUCAAGAGUUUCGCGUUAACACGAAACGAAGAAAAUACGUGGGCUUGCCUUAUGGAUGCAGUGAUGGUGAAUGUUUUCCAGAAAGACUUUACUCGAAUUGGCAAUAUGUCAGAGAUGUUCCAAGCGUUCCUGGAGUUUAUUUCAUCGGCUGAUCAGCAAAAGACGUCAUCCGAGUCUAUGCGCAUGGUUACACACAUAAUUUUGGAAUAUGUGGCUGUGGUUGAACGAAUCGAACUCUACCUAGAUGAAAUUGGAAAACAGAUUUUCAAGAAGCAAAUCGGCUAUAUAGCUCAGGCAAUCCAAGAAAGCCAUACAGAUCACACUCGACUCAAACAUGUAACAAGUGCGUUCAAAGACUGCUGGAUUUGGAGCAAGUGUGGAUUUCCUAAGCUGAUGGACACACUUUACGGAAAAUAUUUAAGUCCACAUGUCAAGGAACUGCGUACAAAGCUUUUACAGAUAGUAACGCAAGCGCUGGAUAAAAAUGUUUCCUUGGAUGAAAUAACCAAAUUCUUUGAAACUUUUAACGUAUUUUGUAUGGACUUGGAGGCACUAGGCUUUGAAUGGUACGUGCGUGUUCACAACGAUAAGAUCAGGAAAACACUGCUCGAUAUGAAAGCUAUUAACUGCGUGCAUAACUCCCUUUUCACAACUGACGAUAAAUGCUUUCUAGUGUCGAAAGACAAGUACGACAUGUUCAUACAAAUUUGUGCAAAUGAAGUCAUUCCAAAGCACUAUCAAGUUGAGAUCGUGAAAACAUUGUUGGAUCAUGUCUUGUGCAUUCUGGACAAGCGUAGCUGGAACGAUGGAACAUGCUUAACGGGAGAAGACCAACUAAAUGCUGCAAAGUCGCUUAUCAACAGCAUCAGAACAUCUCUUCUUUACCUUAAGGAGCAGCCGGAGUAUGCCAACUUUACGCAGUUUUACAAGCGUAGCACCAAGCCGUUCAAGAUCAUCAUCAAGGAGUGUAGCUCAAUUACGAAUUUUACGAAGCGGAUGGAGUUUAUGAUGCAAUCGUUCCCCUACAUUCAGAACCAGCAAGUCCUCGAUGUUGAUAAAGCGUUAACGAUAUUCUCCACGCUGAACGCAAAGUGUGAUGAACAAUUGCUGAAGAAUGCCUUCCAACUAUACGUUGGACAAUUUGAGAAGCACAUGCGAGAAUGUGACGACCUGGAGUAUGCCGACAAGAUCAAGCGAAUAGUCCGUCACGUUAGCGAUAAAGUUAAACCCAUUCGGGCAUCCAAGUGGACUGCGGGGUUCAAGCAAAAUACCAUUCCGUUGAUUCUUGCCGGUGUGAGAGCUGUUUGGGCUAUUCUUACAUCUGAAGACGUUUUGAAUCCAGGAAAGCUGGUAAAGCCACAUUCACUACAAAUCCUUACGGUUUUAAGGUUUUUAUGUGUGGACAAUGAGAAAUCUGGCGUCGAUAAGCACCUGGCGCAAAUAAUGACCGCUCAAGGAGAAUCCGUGGUAUUGGGGCUUAUUGCAGCAGUACUAGCUCUUUUCGGGCAUAAAGUAGAAAUAGUAUGCCACAGCGAACAUUUGGCCAAACACGAUGCAGCCGAUUUCUGCGACUUAUAUGAAGCACUUUCAAUCCAACCGAAGAUUUCUUAUAAAACUAUCGAUGACGUGGUGAACGAGCGAUUACGAACAUUCUCCGAGAAAGCUUGGAUAUAUUUGAGCAAAUGUCUUGGGAUUCCACCUGAAUUGCCAAACAAAAAUGUUCCAGUAGAUGCUGAUUUGAGUGACACUGUCCUCUUGAUGAACGAGUUCGAUGUUUUCGUGGAAAAAUACUAUGGUGACACUAGCUACAACGUUUUCGCACCGGAAGUCAAAGGGCUUGGUCAGAUUCAGCACAAAAUUUGGGACUUAGUUCAAAGCAAUACCGUAGACAUCGAGCGCCAGUUGGAAGCCUUCUUGCAGUCAUCCAGUGAUCCAGACGUGGUGCAGUUGAAAUCUCUCAUCGAACGCCCAGGAUCGUAUAAAUUGGUCACAAUCAAUCACGAUGAAACUUUGAAGGUAUUGUACAACAAUAAAACGUUCUUCACAGAGAAAUUCAAUCAAAUGGUGAAAACUGCCAAAGAAGUUCACAGAAUUCACAUUGACGAAUGUGCGCAAAACUUCAAACUGGAUUGCAAUGGCGUUAUAACCUGUCGAAACGAAAAUGGUGAAUUUCUCCCUAAUUUGUACUGUCAAUACCUCAACGCUUUUAUGUAUUUCAAACUGCAGAAGGACAAUUUUGUACAAAGUGUGAAUGGUUCGGUUAACUUUGGAUAUUUGCCUUUGGAUUUCUCAUCGUUUUCGUACGCAAAAUUACCGGAUCAAUAUUCCCUCUUCCUUUGUGUCACGGGUACUUUCAGAGGUUUCAAGUUGAUGCAACAGAAGACCAUCAUGCCGCCUUUUUUUGGCGCUACUAAGCUGAAGUUCAGUCAGCAGGAGAAUUUCCAAUGUUUACCUGAGCUGUCCGAAUGGAAAGCCGCGAUAUUUGAUCGCGUCAAUGCAGUCAUCAAUGAGAAUCGUUCAGUGAUCGUCUUUUUCAGUAACAAGUUUGAAAUUGAACAGUUCCGGCUGAGUUUCGAAUCGCAGAUUGUACGACUGAACGAAGUUACCGUUGAAACGGAUGACGAUAGUCGGGAUCGGUACAUCAUCGAAGCAGGCGUUCCUCGCACCGUUACCCUGGCAACCCGUGACAUGGGACUUGGUUUGGACUAUAAGACCACAUUGUCGGUGGAGAAAAACGGUGGUAUUCAUGUGAUUCAGACUUUCUUUUCACUGGAGGAAAACGAGGAAACGCUGAUCAAGAGAUGCACCGCUCGGAAAGGCAACAAGGGAAGCUAUGAGGUGAUUGUGUGUCUGCCACAUCUGGUAACACUGGACGUGGUGGACAGAAAUGAGCAGUGCCGUACAAUCAGCUAUGCGCAGUUGGAAAAGUCCAGGAGGAAUUUGUCCAAACGAGUUGAUGAAGAUAAAACCCUUAGUAUUAAGAGAGCCAAUCAGAAUCAUGAAAUGUUAGUUAAGUUUUACGAAAGUGUUUAGAUUUUAAACGAUUAUGAUAUAAACAAAUAUCAAUACACAAA